AUGUCUUCCGACUCCGUCGAUAAACAAUAUCAGGAGGCGAUCAACGGCCUGAAGCCAUUGUCGAAUGUUGAUCAUUCCUUGCCCGCGACGGGCUCCGACCUCUCGCGCCUGAGUGGCCGAGCGGACGUGGCCAUCGCGAACGGUCUGUCCUUGGACGAGGUGGAAGAUGACGACGAGGAAGAGGUCGACGAAGACUACGUCGCCGUGGAUCAUGACGACGUCAAUGAAUUCCCUUACUGGUUUCGUCGCCCGCCCGUGCACCACCGCACCAAGUUGGACGAGCUUCAUCCCUUCGUUCAGGUCCUGACCGCGUCGAAUGUGGACGACUGCGUGGAGGUGGAACAAGCAUUCCCGGAACAGGAGCGCUGCUCCCGAGACAAAUUCAUCUACCGUCUCAACCGAUGCCCCGAGCUGUGCCUGGGUCUUUUCACCCUGCCCAUCGUGAAGGACGGCGAACCGAAACCUCGUCCGAUCCUGGUCGGACAUAUCGUUGCCACUCGAACCUCGACAGAGCUGGUGACCGACAAGUCCAUGCAGCUGCCGGCGAAAUGGAAGACCGACCGGUUCGCGGUCGAAAAUGACGAGACCAUUGGCCACGACGAAUACGGCAGCACGAUUGCGAUCCACUCCCUGGCUGUUCGGCCCGAGCACCAAGGAAAGCAGGUCGCCAGCACCUUGAUGAAGUCGUACGUCCAGAGAAUCAAGGAGGCGCAAAUCGCGGACCGUCUGUCCAUCAUCACGCAUGAUCACCUGGUAUCGUUCUACGAAUCGUUCGGGUUUGAGAACCGCGGCCCUAGCAAGUGCCAGUUCGGCGGAGGAGGCUGGGUAGACUUGAUCGCUCCUGUGCCCACGAGCCAGGAGUUUUUGGAUAUCGUCCUCAGCCGUACUCAAAGACAGCUGCCUACUCAAAUUCGUGCUGGCUUCAAGAUCAGUCGUAUCAGAGGCUUCUACACUCGAAAGGUCAAAUACACUCAGGAAACGUUCUGCGAAAAAUUCCAGGCGAUUCUCGAUGGAUUUCCCCGACUCCAGGAUAUUCACCCUUUCCACAAGGAUUUGAUGAACACCCUUUACGAUGCCGACCAUUUCCGUAUCGCUCUCGGUCAAGUUUCCACGGCCAAACAUCUGAUCGAAACCGUGUCUCGCGACUACGUCCGUCUCAUCAAAUAUGCGCAGUCUCUUUUCCAGUGUAAGCAACUUAAGCGCGCCGGUCUCGGACGUAUGGCCACCAUCUGCCGACGUCUCAAAGACCCUCUCGUCUACCUGGAGCAGGUCCGCCAGCAUUUGGGCCGUUUGCCCGCCAUCGACCCCAACACCCGUACCCUCCUGAUCUGCGGGUACCCCAACGUCGGAAAGUCCAGUUUCCUGCGCAGCAUCACCCGCGCCGAUGUCGACGUCCAGCCCUACGCUUUCACCACGAAGAGUUUGUUCGUCGGUCACUUCGACUACAAGUACCUGCGAUUCCAGGCCAUCGACACGCCGGGUAUUCUGGACCAUCCUCUGGAGGAGAUGAACACGAUUGAAAUGCAGUCGAUCACCGCUAUUGCCCAUCUUCGGUCCGCCGUCAUGUACUUCAUGGAUCUCUCCGAGCAGUGUGGUUACUCCGUGGGCGACCAGAUCAAGCUGUUCCAGAGCAUCAAGCCUCUGUUCGCCAACAAGAUCGUGUUCCUCGUGAUCAACAAGAUCGAUGUCCGACGCCCCGAGGACCUGGAGCCCGAGUACCAGGAGCAGCUUCAGGCGAUCCUCAAGGCCGACGACGUUGAGCUGCUGCAGCUGUCCUGCACCACCACCGAGGGUGUGACGAACGUGAAGAACGCCGCUUGCGACAAGCUCCUCGCCGACCGAGUUGCCCAGAAGCUGAAGUCCGGAUCCAACAGCUCCGGUACUCCUGGUGGACGUCUGGGCGAUGUCCUGGCUCGUAUCCACGUGGCCAAGCCCAUGGGUGGCGUGCAGCGCGAGACUUUCAUUCCCGACGCCGUGCAAUCGCUCCAGAAGUACGACAAGGACGACCCCAACCGGAAGAUGCUGGAGCGGGAUAUCGAGGAGGAGAACGGCGGUGCCGGUGUUUACAACAUCGACCUCAAGAAGACCUACCUGCUGGAGAACGACGAGUGGAAGCACGACAAGAUCCCCGAAGUGUGGAACGGCAAGAACGUUUACGACUUUGUGGAUCCCGACAUCGAGGCGAAGCUGGCCUCCCUGGAGGAGGAGGAAGAGAAGCUGCAGGCCGACGGGUUCUACGAAUCCGACGACGAGGUGGAGGAGGCUGAAGACGCCGAACUGCGCAUGAAGGCCGACCUGAUCCGCGAGAAACACGCCCUGAUGCGCAACGAGGCCAAGAUGCGCAAGUCGCUCAAGAACCGCGCGGCCAUCCCCCGAAGCGCCAAGGCCAAGAGACUGUCGCAGAUGGAGUCGGCGCUGGAAGAGGCCGGUUACGACGUUGAUGCCGCCUCUGCCCGGGCCCGCACCCAGAGCCAGGCUCGCGGACGUCCCAUCACACGCGAAUCCAACGACGACGCCAUGGACGUCGACAUGUCGGACCCUCGCCAGGCCAUCGCCAAGGCCAAGGGUCGUGCUCGCAGCCAGGCUGCUACGGAUCGUCGCAACGACGGUGUGACGGACGAGAUGGCGCGCACCAAGGCGGACCGUCUGGCCAAGCUGGGCCAGAAGAAGAUGAACCGGAUGGCAAGAGCUGGAGAGGCCGAUCGACACACGACCGCAUCUCUGCCCAAGCAUUUGUUCGCCGGAAAACGAACCAUCGGCAAGACCCAACGUCGGUAA